AUGCCCGCCCGAACCGCUCCGGCCCGGGUGCCCGCGGUGGCCUCCCCGGCCAUCUCACUGCCCGACGAUGUCCGCAGGCGGCUCAAAGAUUUGGAAAGAAAUAGCUUAACAGAAAAGGAAUGUGUGAAGGAGAAAUUGAAUCUCUUGCAUGAAUUUCUGAAAACUGAAAUCAAGACUCAGUUGUGCGACUUAGAAAGGAAAUUGCAUAAAGAAGAAUUAUCAGAGGAGGGCUACCUGGCUAAAGUCAAAUCCCUUUUAAAUAAAGAUUUGUCCUUGGAGAAUGGAACUCAUGCUCGGGAAGUGAACGGCUGUGUAGAAAACGGGAGCCAUACUAGUGGUGUGCACCGCAGAGUGGGAAUGGCAGAGGCCAACAAACCUUCCAAACUGGUUUCAAAACGUCGCCUGUCCCGGAGAAGCAAGUCCGAUGGAGAAAGCAAGCUUGAAGUUUCGCCUAGCCCCAGGAUUACAAGGAAAGCCACCAGGCAGACCACGAUCACGUCCCAUUUUGUGAAAGGCCCUGCCAAACGGAAACCUGAUGACGAACCUGUAAGAACAAACUCAGAAGAGUCUACUGAUGAAGAAGAGAAAGACCAGGAUGAAAAGAGACGCAGAGUUGCCUCCCAAGAACCAGUUGCUAAAGAAGAGCUGAAAAGAGUAAAACCAGGAACUACCACGGAAAGGAAAGAAGUAAGAGAUGAAAAAGUAGAAAAGAGACUCAGGAGUCGAGCCAAAGAACCAACACCUAAACGGAAGCCUAAGGAGGAGCCGGACAAAGGAACAGUAUCAGGAACUGAUGCCGAAAGGGAGGAGGAAGGAGACAAGAAAGAUGAAAAGAGGCACAGAAGCCAUCCUAAAGAGCUGACUGCCAAGCGGAGACCUGAAGAAAGGGAACCUGAGAGAGAAAACCCACAAGAUGCUGAUUCUGAUGAAGAUGAGGAUGAACAGGAGGAGAAGAGACGCAAAACUACAAGCAAAGAACAAAAUGAGAAAAAAACACCUCGAACCAAAUCCCUAGUGUUCUCCAAGACCAACUCCCCGAAGUGUGUUCUGUGUGGACAGUGCUUGGACGAUCCUGAACUCAAGUAUGUCCAGUAUCUCCUGGAUGCGGUGGACGAGCCACAGAUGCUGACCUAUGAGAAACUGUCCAUCUUCGAUGACAGCGAGUCUGGCUUUGAGAGCUAUGAUGCUCUUCCCCAGCACAAACUGACAUGCUUCAGUGUGUACUGUAAGCACGGUCACUUGUGCCCGAUUGAUGCCGGCCUCAUUGAGAAGAAUGUCGAGCUCUGCUUUUCUGGCUCAGCAAAACCCAUAUAUGAUGAUGACCCCUCUAUUGAAGGUGGUGUGAAUGGCAAAAACCUGGGCCCCAUCAAUGAAUGGUGGAUUACUGGCUUUGAUGGAGGAGAAAAGGUCCUGAUUGGCUUGAGCUCCUCGUAUGCUGAAUACAUCCUGAUGGAGCCCAGCCCCGAGUAUGCCCCGAUCUUUGGACUGAUGCAGGAAAAGAUCUACAUCAGUAAGAUAGUAGUCGAGUUGCUGCAGAACAAUCCUGAUUCUACCUAUGAAGACUUGAUCAAUAAGAUUGAGACCACUGUUCCGUCUUCUGCACUCAACCUGAAUCGGUUCACAGAGGAUUCUCUCCUUCGCCACGCCCAGUUUGUGGUGGAACAAGUUGAGAGUUACGAUGAGGCUGGAGACAGUGAUGAGCAGCCCAUCCUCCUGACAGCCUGCAUGAGAGACCUGAUCAAGUUGGCUGGGGUCACCCUCGGCCAGAGACGAGCCAAGCGGCGUCGGACCAUCCGACACUCUGCCAAGGUGAAGGACAAGGGGCCCACCAAAGCCACCACCACCAAGCUGGUCUACCAGAUCUUUGACACUUUCUUCGCUGAGCAGAUUGAGAAAGAUGACAAAGAGGACAAGGAGAAUGCGUUUAAACGUCGGCGCUGUGGUGUCUGUGAGGUUUGUCAGCAGCCCGAAUGUGGGAAGUGUAAAGCCUGCAAGGACAUGGUUAAGUUUGGUGGCAGUGGACGUAGCAAACAGGCUUGUCAAAAGAGGAGGUGUCCCAAUAUGGCCAUGAAGGAGGCAGAUGACGAUGACGAAGUCGAUGAUAAUAUCCCAGAGAUGCCAUCACCCAAGAAAAUGCAUCAAGGGAAGAAAAAGAAACAGAACAAGAAUAGGAUCUCUUGGAUUGGAGAAGCUGUCAAGACUGAUGGGAAGAAGAGUUACUAUAAGAAGGUAUGCAUUGAUUCGGAAACCCUGGAAGUGGGGGACUGUGUCUCUGUUAGUCCCGAUGAUUCCUCAAAACCGCUGUAUUUAGCAAGAGUCACGGCCUUGUGGGAGGACAGCAGCAAUGGACAGAUGUUCCAUGCCCACUGGUUCUGCGCUGGGACAGACACCGUCCUGGGAGCAACCUCAGACCCUCUCGAGCUGUUCCUGGUAGAUGAGUGUGAAGACAUGCAGCUUUCUUACGUUCACAGCAAAGUGAAGGUGCUGUAUAAAGCCCCGUCGGAAAACUGGGCCAUGGAGGGAGGCAUGGAUCCUGAGCCCAUGAUGGCAGAGGAUGAUGGGAAGACCUAUUUCUACCAGUUGUGGUACGAUCAGGACUAUGCAAGGUUUGAGUCUCCUCCAAAUAUGCAUCCGACGGAGGACAACAAGCACAAGUUCUGUGUGAGCUGCGCCCGUCUUGUUGAAAUGAGGCAAAAAGAAAUCCCCAGGGUCAUGGAGCAGCUUGAGGAUCUGGACACCCGGUUCCUCUACAAAUCCGCCACCAAGAAUGGCACCCAGUACCGGGUGGGAGAUGGUGUGUACCUGCUGCCCGAGGCCUUCACAUUCAACAUCAAGCUGUCCAGUCCUGUGAAACGGCCCCGGAAGGAGCCUGUGGACGAAGAUCUGUAUCCGGAACAUUACCGGAAAUACUCUGAUUACAUCAAAGGCAGCAACCUGGAUGCCCCUGAGCCAUACCGAAUUGGCCGGAUAAAGGAGAUCUUCUGUACCAAGAAAGGCAAUGGCAGGCCCAAUGAGACAGACAUCAAGAUCCGGAUCAACAAGUUUUACAGGCCAGAAAACACCCACAAGUCCACCCCAGCGAGCUAUCACGCAGACAUCAACCUGCUUUACUGGAGUGAUGAGGAGGCCGUGGUGGACUUCAAGGCUGUGCAGGGCCGCUGUACCGUGGAGUACGGGGAGGACCUGCCCGAGUGCCUGCAGGACUACUCAUCGAGGGGCCCGGACCGCUUCUACUUCCUCGAGGCCUAUAAUGCAAAAAGCAAAAGUUUUGAAGACCCUCCCAACCAUGCCCGGAGCCCUGGAAAUAAAGGGAAAGGGAAAGGAAAAGGGAAAGGCAAGGCGAAGUCUCCAGCAAGUGAGCCGAGUGAGCCAGAGGAACAAGUCAAGCUGCCCAAACUUCGCACUCUGGAUGUGUUUUCUGGCUGUGGGGGGCUGUCGGAAGGAUUUCACCAAGCAGGCAUCUCUGAAACCUUGUGGGCCAUUGAGAUGUGGGACCCUGCAGCCCAGGCAUUCCGCUUGAACAAUCCUGGGUCCACAGUGUUCACAGAGGACUGCAACGUCCUGCUGAAGCUGGUCAUGGCCGGGGAGGAGACCAACUCCCGCGGCCAGAAGCUGCCUCAGAAGGGAGAUGUGGAAAUGCUGUGUGGUGGGCCACCCUGCCAAGGGUUUAGCGGCAUGAACCGCUUCAAUUCUCGCACGUACUCCAAGUUCAAAAACUCCCUGGUGGUCUCCUUCCUCAGCUACUGUGACUACUACCGACCCCGCUACUUCCUUCUGGAGAACGUCAGGAACUUUGUCUCCUUCAAGCGCUCCAUGGUCCUGAAGCUAACCCUCCGGUGCCUGGUCCGCAUGGGCUACCAGUGCACAUUCGGCGUGUUGCAGGCUGGCCAAUACGGGGUGGCGCAGACGCGGAGGCGGGCCAUCAUCCUGGCUGCGGCCCCCGGAGAGAAGCUCCCCCUGUUCCCAGAGCCACUGCACGUGUUUGCGCCCCGGGCCUGCCAACUGAGCGUUGUGGUGGACGACAAGAAGUUUGUCAGCAACAUAACGAGGUUGAGCUCGGGUCCGUUCCGAACCAUCACAGUGCGGGACACGAUGUCUGACCUCCCUGAGGUCCGGAAUGGUGCUUCGGCGUUAGAGAUCUCGUACAACGGGGAGCCUCAGUCCUGGUUCCAGAGACAGCUGCGGGGCACGCAAUACCAGCCCAUCCUGCGAGACCACAUCUGUAAGGACAUGAGCGCACUGGUGGCUGCCCGGAUGCGGCACAUCCCGUUGGCUCCUGGCUCAGACUGGCGCGACCUGCCCAACAUUGAGGUGAGGCUCUCAGAUGGCACCAUGACCAAGAAGCUGUGUUAUACCUACCAUGACCGGAAGAACGGCCGCAGCAGCAGCGGGGCCCUCCGAGGAGUCUGCUCCUGUGUGGAAGCAGGCAAGACCUGUGACCAGUUGGCCCGGCAGUUCAACACCCUCAUCCCCUGGUGCUUGCCCCACACUGGGAACAGGCACAACCACUGGGCAGGCCUCUACGGACGGCUCGAAUGGGAUGGCUUCUUCAGCACAACCGUCACUAACCCCGAGCCCAUGGGCAAGCAGGGCCGAGUGCUUCACCCCGAGCAACACCGUGUGGUGAGUGUGCGGGAGUGUGCCCGUUCCCAGGGCUUCCCUGACACCUACCGGCUCUUCGGCAACAUCCUGGACAAGCACCGGCAGGUUGGUAAUGCCGUACCGCCACCCCUAGCCAAGGCCAUUGGCUUGGAGAUCAAGCUCUGUGUGUUGGCUAAAGCUAGAGAGAGUACCUCAGCUAAAAUCAAGGAGGAGAAAGUUACCAGGAUCUAG